CCCCGCCCAAGCUCCCAGGCUCGCAGCCUCGUGGCGUGGCAGCGCCUUCCUCCGCUCUGUACAGCGCCCAUGUCUGCACAUGCAGACACCGAAAAGGCCACCAUGAGCGACGAACGCACGCCCCUCCUUGCCGUCGUGCAGACGCGCCCCCACCGCGACCGCUACCCGCACCACCGCCUGCGCCACAUCUGCACGCUCUUCCUCUCCAUCUCGCUGUUCACGGGGCUCAUCGCCGCUGUGCUCAUCCUCAACUUCCUGCCGCUCGCCGACGACGACGGGGACACUGCAGUCGGCAUAUCGCGCGUCCUGCCUGGCAAGCUGCCCGCAGGAUGGCCGUACUCGAGGGGAUUGGACUACGAUGCGCUGGUCGACAUCUUGACGGAAACGCCUGACAGCGAGAAGGCCAGGGAAUACAGCCGAUACUACACCAGCGGCCCGCAUCUGGCCGGCAAGAACCUGAGCCAGGCCAUCUGGACCAAGGACAAGUGGGAGGAGUUCGGCGUGAGCUCGCUGAUUGUCGACUACGAUGUGUACCUCAAUUACCCCAAGGACCACCGUCUGGCGCUUUUGGAGAAGAAAGGCGACCACAGGGAGGAUGCUGUCGGGAUUGAGGGCGAGAGCAUGUGGAAGAUCACGUACGAGGCGAGCUUGGAGGAAGACGUGCUCGACGAGGAUGCUACCAGUGGGCUCAAGGACCGCGUCCCGACGUUCCAUGGAUACAGCGCUUCGGGCAACGUGACGGCCGGCUACGUCUACGUCAACUACGGCACCUUCAAGGACUUCGAGGAUCUCCAGGCUGCCAAUGUCACCCUCGAGGGCAAGAUCGCACUGGUCAAGUACGGCGGUGUGUUCCGCGGACUCAAGGUCAAGCGGGCACAGGAACUCGGCAUGCUCGGUGCCAUUAUCUACACCGAUCCUGGCGACGAUGGCGAAGUUACCGUGGAGAACGGAUACGCUGCGUACCCUGAUGGCCCGGCGCGCCAGCCGAGCAGCGUCCAGCGAGGAAGUUGCCAGUUCUUGAGUUUCGCACCAGGCGACCCGACCACCCCGGGCUACCCCUCCAAGCCUGGUGCUCCCCGGCAGGACACCUCGCAUGCGAUCCCCUCGAUUCCUUCCAUUCCCAUCUCCUACCAGGAUGCGCUGCCGCUGCUCAAGGCGUUGAACGGCCACGGACCGAAAGCCUCGUCUAUCAACUGGAAAGACGGCGGGCUUGGAUAUCUGGGCGUCGAGUACAACAUUGGACCAUCCCCAGAUCACCUCGCCGUCAACCUCGUCAACGAACAAGAAUACGUCACGACCCCGCUGUGGAACGUGAUCGGUAUCAUCAACGGUAGCAUUCCUGAUGAAGUUGUUGUUUUGGGGAAUCACCGGGAUGCGUGGAUUGCGGGUGGCGCCGGUGACCCAAACAGCGGAUCUGCGGCUUUCAACGAGGUCAUUAGAAGCUUCGGUAUUGCUGUGCGCGCCGGCUGGAAGCCCAUGCGUACCAUCGUCUUCGCGAGCUGGGACGGCGAGGAGUAUGGGCUUGUUGGUUCGACUGAGUGGGUCGAGGAUUACUUGCCUUGGCUGUCCGCUUCAACCGUCGCAUACCUGAAUGUGGAUGUCGGUACUCAAGGCCCAGACUUCAAGCUUUCGGCAGCCCCGCUCCUGGAGAAGGUUGUCAUCGAUACGGUCAAACUCAUCCAGUCGCCCAACCAAACCAUUCCCGGUCAAACCGUAGGCGAUGUCUGGGACAAGCGCAUCUCCACCAUGGGCUCUGGCAGCGAUUUCACCGCCUUCCAAGACUUCGCCGGCAUCCCCUCCAUCGACAUGGGCUUCGGUGCCGCCCCCGGCUCAGCUGUCUACCACUACCACUCGAACUACGACUCCUUCGCCUGGAUGGAGAAAUAUGGCGACCCAUCUUUCCAGUACCACGAAACAAUCGCCAAGGUCUGGGCCCUCGUCGCUGCAAAGAUCAUUGAGACACCUGUCCUCCAACUCAACGCCACGCGCUACGGAGCCGGGCUUCGCCGCUACGUAGACAGCGUCAAAGACAAGGCCCGCACCGCCUCAUUUCCGCCGCACAAGCCCGACGAGAUCUUCGCGGGUCUCGACGCCGCGGUCGAACGCUUCCAGUUCGCCGCUACCAUCCACGACGGCACGGCUGACGCGCUUGCACAGCGGCUCAUCGACGAUGACAUACCAUGGUGGAAGUUUUGGGAGAAGCUGCAGCUGUACUACGCUAUUCGCAAGGUUAAUACGAAAUACAAGUUGCUGGAGAGGCAGUUUUUGUACAAAGAGGGCUUGGAUGGCAGGAGUUGGUUUAAGCAUGUCGUCUUUGCACCCGGCAAGUGGACCGGAUAUGCGGGUGCAACGUUCCCCGGCAUCGUCGAGGCGAUUGACGAAAAAGAUGAAGCCGCCGCGUUCAAAUGGACUAUCAUUGCAACGGAGAUAGUCGACGGGGCGAGCGACUGGUUGGAGGCGGAGUAGAACGUGUGUGGAAGAAAUUGUUUGUAUAUAUGAAAGCGAGCGAGCGAGCCAGCGAGAUACCCAGACUACACGUACAUUCGUUUGAAUUAGGGUUUAUUGUCAUUGACAUUUUAGAACAGGUGAU